CCUACCUAUGCAUUUUUACUUUGGUUUAGCGCGCAAGCAACCGGAUAGCAUCCAUUUCAGCUUUCUAUAGUAACAAUGUUACAGUCAUCGAGUACUUGUACUGAAGUCGGCAUUCAUUUGAUAUGGCGACGAAAGCGCCGUUCUUGCAACAGGUCUACUUCCCGGAAAGUCCUAAUACCCCCAACAUAGACUUUGUAUUUGUUCACGGUCUCAAUCCCUCUGGUCGCGAAAAUCACCCUUUCGAGACCUGGACACAUGCCGAGAGCAGAAUACAGUGGCCACGAGAUUUCCUGGGCCCAGACUUCCCUAACGCUCGAGUCUGGAUCUUUGGAUACAAUUCCAAAGUGACCAGGGGUGUCUCUGCGGCGAGAAUAUCAGAUCAUGCAAAUAACCUACUCCGUUUUCUCCGCCAGAAGAGGUCGGUUCGCUUUGGAGACGACCAGGACCUCAGUAAGAUCCCAAUAAUUUUUCUUGGACACAGCCUCGGAGGCCUUGUAAUCAAACAGGCACUCCUGAACGCGAGAGAUGAUCCCGAUAAUUAUCUCGAAACAUGGAACGCUACCCGUGGGUUAGUGUUCUUUGGCACUCCUCACCGCGGCGGUAAUACUGGAGCUCUUGAAGAAUUUGGUGUACGACUUGCAAAACUGUUUGCCAAUGGCAGUACGGCAAACGACCUUUUGAUGUGCCUAAAACCGAAUUCGCUCUUUACUCAAGAUUCCGCUGAGAGGUUCAGUAAACAAUUGAAGAAAUUCAAAAUACUGACCUUCUUUGAAACCAGACCAACAAAUUUCCAUGGUUUCAGCAAGAUUGUGGUCAACAGGGAUUCUGCCAUCCUUAACGCACCUGAUGAGGUCUGCGUAGAUCUGGACAGAAAUCACCGUGAUAUUUGCAAAUUUGGAGAAAGAGAGAACGCCUACGACAUAGUGAAGGCAAACCUCUCAGAUAUCGUAGCUCGAGUGCUGGUACCAAUGGAAGAAGCCCGACUUUCCAGCCCGGAGCUACCACCAGGUAUGAAUGGUAAUCCAGACCGGGGCUCAACGGCAUCGACUACUUGGAGCCAAGAUACUCCGCAGAGGCACAGCCAAUCGACUAUCAAAAGCCCCAACUCCGAGCCAGUACCCCUAACCAGCAGUGCCCUUACAAUCGCCGAAGUCGAAGAAAUGAACGAUCGAUUCCUGGAGGCAGUGAAGGCGCUCGAUGCUUUGCUAAUCCAUAAUUGGAUCAUGGAUCCUGACCGAAGGCCCCAUUUGAAGCGAGAGCAUAUCCAGUCCGCCUUAUUUGAUUUGGCGGGUUUGAAUGAACCGACGGAGGAACGAUUCCAAGCCGAGGCCGAACGUUUUCGAGACAAGGCAAUUUGUGCUAUACUGGACGAAUGCAACCCGGAUCUUGAGUGUUUGGAUGACGAAUUAAAGGCUACCCCAUUGAUACUGGCAGCAUUGUGCGGGCGUGAGGACAUCACCAAGCUUUUGAUUGACGCAGGAGCGAGUCUACAGGCCCAGGAUGAGAUUUUUGAGAGGACGCCGCUCUCGUGGGCAGCAAGAAACGAUUUUAUUGAGACUGCUGAGAUACUUCUCACUGCUUUGGAUGAAAUGCAUGAUCGGAAGACUAUUCAGUUGAAGGAUAUCUAUGGCCAUACCGCAUUCGAUCUUGCGACCCAAAAAGGACAUAGGUACAUGGCGCGACUCAUCAGGUCCCGGAGCACAAGGUCGAAUGCAUCAUAUACUAGUGGUGUACAAUCUUCAAGUUCUUCAUAGAUAUUCGAAAUUUCAGAUACUAGAUUUAGGUAAAGAGCUUUUGACUCACUCAGGAGCUACUCCGGGAUUGCUCAACCUUGCUGGGGUGAGCUAAAGUACGGGGCGAAUGGAUCCCAGCACGUGUAUUUACUCAUGAGUCCCAAAACUUUGAGGACUGAACCACUUCGUAACGACUAGUUGCCUUGUAUUCAAAUGAAGACACACAUGUUGAC